CUACAUAAAUCCAAUUCGUGAAUGCUAAUGCCUCCAAUACCCCCGAGACAUCCAAUAGAUACAAUGGAAGAUGACGACCACACAUCGUCGUCGUCUUCCGGUCACGACGAUUCCGACAUUGCCAGUGACAAUGAACCCACACAGCAGACACGACGAGCGCAGGUGAUCGAUAAAGACUCGGACGAAGAGGAACUUGAAAGAUUUGUGCUUGGAGAUACAGCUAAUUUCCGUGAAAAUCUGUUCCUGGACGAUUCGAGAGAGAACAAUGCGAAUACACUCUUUCGAGGCUUCGGCGACGAGGAAGAAAACGAACCCGAGUCUGGUUUGGAGGAUGUGGACGAUGCAGACCUCUUCACUUUUGACGUGGGGGGAGCCGCUCCAAGUGGUAAUAAAGAUCUUAUGGUAACACCAGCGGUUAAGAGCCAAGAUGUUUCUAGCAAGGAGAAACCCGCCUGGGAAGAUAGCGACGACGAGCGCCUAACUAUAUCACUGGCGGAUGCAACCCAAUUGCGAAAGCUACGGAUUAGCGAAGCAGAGGACGUGAUAAGUGGCACCGAAUAUACUAUAAGACUUCGACAACAAUACCUGCGCCUCAAUCCUCUCCCUGCAUGGGCACGAGAGACUGAGGAACGUCCGGCGAAGCGUCGGAGACGAUCAUCUGUCGCAGCAGACGACUCGGACAUAUCAGAGGAUGAGGCAGAUGAUGAAGGAGAUGCAGAAGCCUCCGCGCUACCGCUGGAUAAAUUCCUCCGAGACGCCAAUUCCUUGAGAGAGAACAAGGUCCAGAAAUCGAGGAAACUUCGUCCAGAGGUUAUUGAUAUUCAAAGAUCUCGUGAUAUACCUGAUACGCAUAAAGACGAAGUCACAUCUCUUGCAUUCCACCCAGAAUACCCUGUCCUGCUGUCUUCUAGCACCUCCUCCGUGCUGCACUUACAUCAUAUGGCACCAACUGCUCACCCAACGCCAAACCCUCUCUUGACAUCAGUACAAGUUAAACAGGUUCCGGUUCGGAGAGCGGAAUUUCUGUAUCCUGCUGGGGAUAAAAUCUUCUUCGCUGGACGGCGCCGAUAUAUUCAUUCGUGGGACUUGGCGACCGGAAUGAUACAGAAGACGAACAAAAUACAAGGUCAUCGACUAGAACAAAGAACUUGGGAGCGCUUCAAGUUGAGCCCAUGUGGUCAAUACCUAGGGUUGAUUGCCUCGACAAGAAAAGGCGGUGGUAUCAUCAAUAUCCUAAAUGUCGCUACGAUGCAAUGGAUUGCUGCUGCCAGGCUCGAUAGUCGAGGUGGUAUCGCAGAUUUCUCGUGGUGGAGUAAUGGUCAUGGCCUCACAAUCCUGGGCAAAGGAGGUCAGGUUGGUGAGUGGAGCAUGGCUGCGAGACGCUUUCUGGCGAUUUGGCAGGAUGAAGGUUCCAACGGUGGGACAGUUAUGGCAUUAGGAGGCCAUGGUGGCCCCGUGGUACUUGGUGAGGAUCGAUGGGUAGCAAUCGGUUCGAAUAGUGGUGUAACAAACAUAUACGAUCGACAAGCCUUGGUAUUACCUUCUUCAGACGAAGAAUUAGAAGUCCAAGAACGGCCCGAACCGACUCGAAGGUUGAUGCAACUUACAACCCCGGUUACCGUCCUCACGUUCAGUCCCGACGGGCAACUACUGGCGUUUGGCAGCAAACAUAAGAAAGACGCGUUGAGACUAGCACAUUUGCCAAGUUGCACAGUCUACAGGAACUGGCCAACAGAGCAGACACCACUUGGCAGAAUAUCAAGUGUAGCAUUUGGGAGAAAGAGUGACUUGCUAGCUGUUGGCAAUGAUGGAGGAAAGACUAGAUUAUGGGAGAUUCGAGGCUAGACAAGAUUACGAGAUACAACCAUCCGCCGCAAUUCAACUGUUAUUCACAUCUCUGCGCAUUGUAGCACCAAAUCCACCAAAUCCAUCCCGAGUCCACGGCUUGCCCGACUCUAACUAAUCUUCAAUAUGAACGAACCAUGGCCAACAGGGAUUUAAGCGGGC